AUGUUCUCCAAGACCAAGCCGCUGGGCUCUCUUAAGAGCAUCCUCCCGCCAAUUCACCAGCCCCUCCCCCUCAACCAGCGCGAAUCCCAGAAGCUUCUCGACGUCCUAAAAGCCUCCUUCCGAGCCCACCUAGACAAAGAGCACGGAUGGACUCCAGACACCAACCACGUCGCCCCGGCCGCCCCGGCCGUCACCUACCUGCCCUCCGCCUCCGCCUCCAAAGAUGUACCGGCCCGUCCGACGGAUAAGCAUAUGCGCGCCAUCCUCGAGAACCCUCUCUUCAACAACAAGGCCUUUGUCCCACCCUCUGUCGCCGCCGCCGCCUCCGCCUCUGUCUCUGCUGCCCCGGCAGUCAGGAACAACCGCAACGAGGUCUUCCAGUUGGCCGUGUCCAAGGGCAUCAUGAACAUCCAGCGCGCCCUGGGCUUCCUCCUGGCCGUGCAGCGCGAUAUCCAGCUCUCCGCCGCCGUCUCCGUCACCCAGGGCAUGAAGGAAUCGGGCGCCGGCCUGCUCGUGCUGCGCUGGCUGCGCUCGUCAGGCGAGGAGCGCUCGCUCAGCUUUUUGGGGAACCGUACCUUCACCCGUCUUCUAUUGCGCUACAUGGUUGCCGAAGGUCUCGACGAGCUCGCCUGGUCCUGGUUCCAUCGCCUACUGAACGAGCCCGCCCUCACGACGGGCAGCCCCGAGCGCGCCGCCUACCCCGCCGCCCUCCUGGACGGCCUGAUCAUGGCCAAGUCGCAGGCCAUCGAGCUGGACGAUGCCUACACGUCGCUGCUGCGCGGCAAGGAGGUGAUCAACGUCACUCCCAUGGCCUCGACGCAGCACCUCGUGCACGCCUGGAGCAGGCUGUGCUGGCAUACCACGGGGGAGUCGUACAAGCACCAGAUCCCCGCCGCGUCGCUGUUCGAGUCCUUUGUCGCCGUCCACAACGAGCUGCCCAAGCCGUUCCCGAUGGCGGUCGCCCAUCUGAUGCUGUAUCAUCCUACCAAGCCGAGCCCGGCUCUGGCGCUCAAGUAUCUCAAGAACGGCUACGUCUGGAACACCAAGCUGCCGAGUUACAGGGCGGAUAAUAAGCCGGCGGACGCAAAAUUCCCCACAAAGCUGGCUAGCUUGACGCUUGAUACGAUAGAGAACCUGAUGCAGAACGGAGAGUUUGCCAAGGCGCAGAGGCUGAUGGAGCGGUUCAAGACGCAUCUGGCGCCCAUGGGACCGCAUCUUGGGGCUGUCGCUUUUUGA